CUCAACGAUGCAUCAGGUAGACGGCCGAUCCACAUAGCGGCUGAAUGCGGGCACCGAUCCAUAACGUAUCUCCUCCUCAAGCAACCGGUUCAUAAUUACGGCAAGGAUCAACACGGGCGAAGCUUGUUGCACUUGUUGGUGAUGUGGCAUAGCGAUACCUUUGUACGAAAAUGCAUGGGAGUGCUGCACGGGAAAGUGGAUGUGAAGGACCAGUUUGGCCGGACUCCCUUGCACUACGCCUCGAUUUUCCAAAAUAGCCCAGCAGUCGGCGUCUUACUCGAGCUGGGCGCAGAUCCGAACCUGCGAGACAAGGCAGAAUCUACGCCUCUCCACUAUGCGGCAGCCUCUGGCUCGCCGAAGAGCGUGGAACUUCUCAUCAGG